CCGCCGUAAAGCGCGGGCGAUGUCGGAGCAGCCGGUGGCAGGGGUGGCGGUGGCGGCGGCGGCGGCGGCGGCGACGCGGACGCGCUUCGAGAAGCGGCUGCUGGUGACGGGUGGCGCCGGCUUCAUUGCUUCACAUGUAGUUGUGUCCCUCGUCAAAAACUAUCCAAACUAUCUGAUUAUAAAUCUAGAUAAGCUCGACUACUGUGCAAGUUUGAAGAAUCUUGAAACUGUCUCUGAGAAGGAAAACUACAAGUUUAUCCAGGGGGAUAUUUGUGAACCUCAUUUUAUAAAACAGCUUUUUGAAACUGAGAAAAUUGACAUAGUCCUUCAUUUUGCAGCCCAAACUCAUGUAGAUCUUUCAUUUUGGCACGCCCUGGAAUUCACCUAUGUGAACGUUUAUGGCACGAAUGUACUGGUAGCUGCUGCACAUGAAGCCAAUGUGGAGAAGUUUGUCUAUGUCAGUACAGAUGAAGUAUAUGGAGGCAGCACUGAUCAGGAAUUUGACGAAUCCUCACCAAAACGUCCUACAAAUCCCUAUGCCUCCUCUAAAGCAGCUGCGGAGUGUUUUGUUCAGUCUUACUGGGAAAGGUACCAAUUUCCAGUUGUUAUUACGCGAAGCAGUAAUGUUUAUGGGCCACACCAGUAUCCAGAAAAAGUUAUUCCAAAGUUUAUAUCUUUGUUGCAACAGAACAGAAAAUGCUGUAUUCAUGGUUCUGGACUUCAAAGAAGGAAUUUCCUAUAUGCUACUGAUGUUGUAGAAGCAUUCCUUACUGUUCUGAAGGAGGGGAAGCCAGGUGAAAUUUAUAACAUUGGAACUAAUUUUGAGAUGUCCAUUGCCCAGCUUGCUAAGGAGUUAAUCCACUUAAUAAAGAAGACCAGUUCAGAAUCUGAAAUGGAGCACUGGAUGGAUUACGUCAAAGACAGACCUGCCAAUGACAUGAGAUACCCAAUGAAUUCAGAAAAAAUGCACAAGUUAGGAUGGAGACCUAAAGUGCCUUGGAAAGAAGGAAUAGAGAAAACAAUUGAAUGGUACAAAGAAAACUUUCACAACUGGAAAAAUGCAGAGAAAGCUUUGGAGCCCUUUCCUGUGACAGAGCCAUUUGCUCAGCUUAAUGUUCCAUAAGGUGGCAGAGAUCUUGAAGGAAUCUAUUCUACCUCACAGUCUUUUCUUUGAAGCCUGCAAUCAAGUGACCACAGCAAAUUCUUAAUGCAUCCAAGAUACGUGAACCGUGAUAAGUACAGAUCUAUAAUAUGGCAUGACUUUGGAAGGGUUCAGCACUUUAUAAGUUUAACUUGUUAAUUUCAGCUUUUGGUGCAAUAUUAAAUCUUCACUAGGUAUAGAUUUAUUUUUUUCUGAAGAAUUUUACAGGGUGAAGAAUUUUUAUACUGUUAUAAAAGUUAGUAUAACCGAUGUCAAAUCUGUCUUACUCAUUUUGAAUGAGAGGAUUGUGACUACAGUGUUUGGGACUUCCAGUGAAUGUGUGCGUAUAUGUAUUUUUAGUUCUGAAAUCUUUCAUCUGAUUUAUUUUGUUUUUACACUGUAAUAUAUGUUUUGUCACUUUAAAUAGCUGCCUUCUGGUUUAAAUCAAGUGGAAAAGAUGAUGUAUUUUCUAGAGAGUAUAAAUUGAUUGGUAAAAACUAGAUAUGGCAGCCAUAUGGUUCACAGUUCUUUUCUCUAUUGUUGCAGUAUUACGUUGUGUAGAUGACAGUUUAAAAUGUUAUCUACUCUAAAUGCUUUUUUGUAAAAGGGAUGGGGAAAUUGUUAAGAAAGCAGAUGUUCUUACUGAGAUUUCCACAAGCCAUUUCUUAAACUUUGCUCCAAUGUCUUAGAAGUCAUCUGUUUACCGUAUUAUGUCCUUUUAUGUUUUAACUUCCUUUUUCCUUUUCUAAAUUAUAAUUGUAACAGACUUCAAAUACUGUAAUGUCAUUAACAUUCCGGUAAUGUAACUUCCUGUGAUGUGAAGGCUAUGUACGAUGAAAAGUUUUAAAUACUUCCUUCGAAUUGUGGGUUGGCACACCUUAUUUGAUGCUGUGUUUGGUGUGUGUGUUUUUUGACAAACAUUUUAAAGAUGAAACAAAUUUGAGUUUUAAUG